UGUUUCUUCGUACUAUGACGAGUACUUUAUGGGAUAUUGUUGUAAAGCCUGUGAAUUGUCACCGUUUCUGUUCUGGAUCUGCAUGCCGGACCUUUUGAAUUUAUCUACGACAUGUACAAACAUGUCAUUGAAUCAUACGUGACUCAAACUUAAUGACGAAACGCCUAAAAAUAUAUUGCAUGUGACCAGUUGAAGAGAGGCUCAUUUCAGUGUGUCGCAGUGAAAGGGACGUCCAUAGCUGAAGAUGUCGGACAACACUGCUAUGAUGAUAGCCGCAGGUGGCAUUACAGCAUUUAUGGAAGUAUGCGUUAUGCACCCCCUUGACGUGGUGAAGACGCGUUUGCAGCUGCAGCACUCACCGGUGGCCGGAUCCACGUCCAUGGGCGUAGCCCAGUACUACUACACUGGCGUUGUCAACUGUUUUCGGACUGUCUACCGCCAGGAGAGCUUCCUCUCACUGUGGAAGGGAGUCGUCCCUUCCGUACUCAUUGAGACUCCGAGGAGAGCAAUGAAUUUUCUUCUCUUUGAAAACUAUGAGCAGUACCUCUUGUUUGGGGCUGAAACAGCAAAACCAUUGACAUAUUUUACAGCAGGGUUGUGUGUCGGUGUGACCGAAGCGAUUGUGAUGAAUCCAUUCGAGCAUGUGAAAGUGACCCUGAUGGCAGACAGGUCACCUGUGGAAAAGGCGCCCAGCACGUGGGACGUCCUAAAGAAGAUCGUCAGCAACAAGGGCUAUGGUGUGGAAGGCCUCAACAGGGGAAUGUCUGCUACUAUAAUAAGUCAUGGGAUUUUCAAUAUGGUGUAUUUCGGUGUCUUUAAGUCGCUCAAGAGCCGUCUUCGACCAUUUUCUGAUGAAAUGCUGUACCUGUACCACAUAAUGGGCAUUGGCUUUGCAGCUGGUACGCUGGCAUCCAUAGCCAGUAAUCCAUUUGAUGUUGCAAAGACUCGAAUACAGGGCCCUCAGCCAGAACCCGGUGUCAGAAAAUACCGGUCCCCCCUUGCUACUGUGGCAACUAUUUACAGAGAAGAGAGAUUGCGAGCUCUUUUCAAAGGUCUGCUUCCGAGACUUCUGCGAAGAGGUGUUGGAAGUGCCCUAAUGGUGGCUGCUUAUGACUACACGUAUCGGUACCUUACCAAUGGAUUCUCAGAGUAGUUCUGUUGGUGAUAUAAUCACAGUUUUUGUCUAGUUUCUCUAGUCCAGUCAGCAAUGGAGUGUGUGCAUCAACAGAAUUGCAUGGGAGCAUACGGGUCUUUUUCCUGGGAUUUUAAACACUAGUAUUAUAGAACAUUUCAUAUGGCAGGAGCCAUUAAGCUGAGCAAGUGAUGUGGCAACAGGCUGUGAAACUUAUCUGUGCCUUGAUCACUGUUAACGCUUUGGGAGCUGAAUGAAAAUAUUGGCGAUUGCUUUGUGGAUUUUUUUUUAACACUGAAAAGAUUUCAACAUCUCCUACAAUGUGUGUAGAAUAUUAUUGGUGCUAACUCAUGUUUGUGUGCAAAGUCUUCCAAGGUAACGGAGUUGUAACCGUCUUGGCCAUUUGGUAGUUUUGAGUGUAGAAAUGUAUUUCAAAUGUUCAGAUAUGCUAUUUUUGUAUGUGAAAUUUAAUAUGAAAAUAAUUUAUGGAUUCAUAUUUUA